AUGUCAGCGACAGGGCAGAAAGCGCAUCGUCGCACUUUAAGUUUAAUUCAAGGGAAUAGCAACGGCUCGUCCGAGAAUCUCGCGAUAUCGAAGCAAAAUCCUUCUAUUACACGAUCUCAGCAACAGCAACAACAGUUACAAAAUCACCAUCAAUAUCUUUCAUCUAUCGACACGAAAUCAAAAAGUAGUAAUAAUCUUAACCAUCAGAAGAACAUCAACAGUGUUUCCAAUAAUAUCAAAAAUAACACGAACAGUAGUUCAAUUAAGAGCAGUUCUAAUCUCAUUAAAAAUUCAUCAACAACUACCAAAAUAGGAUUUUCCACCCCGCCAUCAACACCAUCAAAACAAAAAACAUUCACGGGGAAAUCGAAAAACUCUACGACAGACAAUUUCAAAGUUGUUCAAGUUGCAGCACUUUAUAAUGUCAAAGAUGUGUUAUUUACGUUAGUUUUUUUUGGCGCGUUAAUUAUAUUUCUAGGAAGUUUAAUGGGAAUUGGGCCAUUUGACGAAGAUGAACAUUUUCAUAAUAACGUUAUCGUAUCAUCGUCGAAGAAGCAGCAAGUGCAACAGCAAGAGCAUUUUCAACAACCAUCACCAUCACAACCACCCCCGAUAAUUAACGACCGUAUCGCACAUGAAAAAAGCGAUCAAGAAGGACAAUUAAAAGAAUCAAAUACAAUAUUAUCAAAUAAUGAUAAUGAUUUACCUGCUGGACAAUCGAAUAAUAUUGAUACUACUAACAUUGAUAAGGAUAAUAACAACGAAGAAAAAUCGACAGGUAGCGAGACAGAUAAACAAAAUGAGGAAGAAUCAGAAGAUGAAUUUGUGGUUGGAUUCGAAUAA